CGAUCAUGAGAGUGAGGAGGAGGAGGAGGACGAGAGCGUGGUGUCCGACGAAGACGAGGAAGGAGACCCGGAGGAGAAGCAGGACUCCGAGGAAGAGGAGGCGGUCAUGGAAGAAGAGGAGGACGACGAUGACUCCGAUUACCCCGAAGAGAUGGAAGACGAGGACGAUGCCAGCUAUUGCACUGAGAGCAGCUUCAGGAGCCACAGCACCUAUAGCAGCACCCCAGGUAGGAGGAGACAAAGAGUGCAUCGUCCACGCUCUCCAAUAUUGGAAGAGAAAGACAUCCCUUCUCUUGAGUUACCUAAAUCCUCAGAGGACUUAAUGGUGCCCAGUGAGCAUAUUAUGAAUGUGAUUGCCAUCUAUGAGGUACUUCGGAACUUUGGCACUGUCCUUCGCUUGUCACCUUUUCGUUUUGAGGACUUCUGUGCUGCUUUAGUAAGCCAGGAGCAGUGUACACUUAUGGCGGAGAUGCAUAUAGUGCUUUUAAAAGCUGUUUUACGUGAAGAAGAUACUUCGAAUACUACCUUUGGACCUGCUGACCUCAAAGAUAGCGUUAAUUCAACAUUGUAUUUCAUAGAUGGGAUGACGUGGCCCGAAGUUCUUCGGGUAUAUUGUGAGAGUGACAAGGAAUAUCAUCAUGUUCUUCCUUUUCAAGAGGCAGAGGACUACCCUUACGGACCAGUUGAGAAUAAAAUUAAAGUUCUGCAGUUUUUAGUGGAUCAGUUUCUUACAACAAACAUUGCUCGUGAGGAAUUAAUGUCAGAAGGUGUGAUACAAUAUGAUGACCAUUGUAGAGUUUGUCACAAACUGGGGGACUUGCUUUGCUGUGAAACUUGUUCAGCUGUGUACCACUUAGAGUGUGUGAAACCACCUCUUGAAGAAGUACCAGAGGAUGAAUGGCAGUGUGAAGUUUGUGUGGCACAUAAGGUGCCUGGGGUAACGGACUGUAUUGCUGAAAUCCAAAAAAAUAAACCCUACAUUCGACAUGAACCUAUUGGAUAUGACAGAAACAGGCGGAAAUACUGGUUCCUGAACAGGAGGAUUGUUGUAGAAGAAGAUUCAGAGUGCGAGAAAGAUAAGAAAAUUUGGUACUAUAGCACAAAAGUCCAGCUGGCAGAAUUAAUUGAAUGCCUUGACAAAGAUUACUGGGAAGCUGAUCUCUGCAAAACUCUAGAAGAAAUGCGUGAAGAAAUUCAUCGGCAUAUGGAUAUAACAGAAGACCUUACUAAUAAAGCACGUGGUAGCAACAAAGCUUUUCUUGGUGCAGCAAAUGAAGAAAUUCUUGAAUUAAUUAGAGCCAGAAAGGGGGAAACUUUGGAAGAUAAAAGUUCAAUAGAUGAUGAUACGGAAAAGGAAAAAACUGGUGUUGAAAAUAAAGACAGUGCAGGGACUGAUAAUGACAAAGAAGAACUUUCAAAUCAGCAGCUGGAUGUAAGCAAAGAAAUGCCACCAGACGAAAGUUCUGAAAAAGGAAGAAAGGAAGAGUCAGUCGAUGCUGGGGAUAAAAGUGAUUCUGUGACAUCACCUGUUGAAGGUAGCUUCACCAAUCCUUCGGGAGAGGCUCUUAUUUCUGAAGAAAAGAAUUCAAUGGGGUGUGAGUCAGAAAUCCUUGACGAUAAUGAGGGGGAGAAGAAUUCUGCAUUAGAGGUCCUCAGAGAAGUUUCAGACGAAACAGCAAAGACAACUCCUAGUCUGAAUGUUGGUUCUUCUGAAACCCUCUUGCCUGAUGCGGAAAAUGGCAGCAGCAAUGAAAUCAAUUCUAUGCUGAGUGAAUCUAUGAAGACUCCCGAUGAAGUGGAAAAUACUGAAGGAGGAUCCCAGAGCUCAGAGGAGCUAGGAGAUAAAUCUAAUGGAGAAAGAAGUGAAUCUCCAAGUACUGGAAGAGGCACCCCAUGUUCAACACGAAUGGUCACCAGGUUACGGAAUCCAGAUAGUAAACUCAGUCAGCUGAAAAGCCAGCAGGUUGCUGCUGCAGCACAUGAAGCAAAUAAGUUGUUUAAAGAAGGCAAAGAGGUCCUUGUGGUUAAUUCUCAAGGGGAAGUCUCCCGAUUAAACACCAAGAAAGAAAUAGUGAUGAAAGGAAACAUCAACAAUUAUUUCAAGCUAGGUCAAGAAGGGAAGUACCGUGUCUACCACAAUCAGUAUGCCACAAACUCUUUUGCUUUGAACAAACAUCAGCACCGGGAAGACCAUGACAAGCGACGACACCUCUCUCACAAGUUUUGUCUCAGUCCUGCUGGAGAGUUCAAAUGGAAUGGAUCAGUGCAUGGAUCGAAGGUUCUUACAAUAUCCACUUUGAGGCUAACCAUCAUCCAGCUAGAGAACAACAUCCCAUCUUCAUUUCUUCAUCCCAACUGGGCUUCACACAGGUCUAAUUGGAUCAAGGCUGUUCAGAUGUGUAGCAAACCUAGAGAAUUUGCAUUGGCUUUGGCUAUAUUGGAAUGUGCAAUUAAACCAGUUGUCAUGCUGCCAAUCUGGAGGGAGUCCUUGGGACAUACCAGGUUACGUAGAAUGACAGCUAUUGAAAGAGAAGAAAAGGAAAAAGUGAAAAAGAAGGAGAGAAAGCAAGAGGAAGAAGAAACCAUGCAGCAAGCCACAUGGGUGAAAUACACAUUUCCUAUCAAACAUCAGGUUUGGAAACAAAAAGGAGAAGAAUAUAGAGUAACAGGAUAUGGUGGAUGGAUAUGGAUUAGUAAAACACAUGUUCAUAGAUUUGUACCCAGAUUACCUGGAAAUACUAAUGUCAGUUACCGAAAAUUACUACCUGCAAAAAAUGAUACCGUUGCCAUCCCAGAAAAGCACCGUGAACUGGAUAAAAGGAAAAACCCAGCAAAAGUAAAAACAGAACAUGGUUCAUUGAAAGACAGAAUAAAAAACUUCCGUGAGCCGUACAAGAAGGACCAAAAAGAAUCUGAAAAUGCAGAGACCAUAAAGAAAAUACGAACCAAGGAGGAAAAUGAAUUAAAAGAAGAAAAAGCUGAAAUUAACAAACAUCUACAAAAACCAGAUCAUAUGAAAGAAGAGGAAAAAGAAAUUGGUGAAAAUGAUAAAGACAUCAAGGAAGAACCUAUGGAGAUAGAUGAAGUAAAAAUAGAUACCUCCACAAAAUCUGAAAUCCCUAUAAAUGCAGAUUUAAUCAAUGUUAGUGAAGGUUUUCACUUAAGGACAUGUUAUAAAAGGAAAGUAAAAACAUCAAAACUGGAUGGACUACUUGAAAGAAGAGUAAAACAGUUUACACUGGAGGAAAAGCAGCGACUAGAAAGAAUAAAACUUAAAGCUAGUGCUAACUCUUCAGGUUGUAAAUCUCCCAGUCCAGAGAAGAAUCUGGAUGACUUACAGAUAGCUAAAACAGAGGAUGGAAAGCAGGUGGACAUUACUUCCCAAAACAGAAUCCAUAUUUCAGGUACAAAUCAAACUGAAGAUCCUGUUAAAGACCACUUGUCAUCUAGCAGUCUCCACUUUACCAAAAGCAGUGAAUCAGUCCAGUCGUUGCCUUGUUUGAAUAGACUUUUGGAGGGAGAAGGAGACCUAUCCUCAGUUCAGUGCCCAGAUACUCAAACUCUGUUGGGAAAGGAUACUAACGAAAGUGUUUCAGAACAAAUGGAUAUGGAUAAAAAUCAGAUCCAGAGUAAGGAGAGUGAAAUGGACAGUUCUGUUACGGAAGACUCUAAACCUGUAGAAGACAAAGAAGCAAGUGAAUGCGACAUCUUAGAGGGCAGUGCAAAAUGUUCAGAGCAAGCUAGUAUCACAGAGUCUCAGUGUGAAAAUGUUAUUCAGCCAAUGGUAACUGAAAGUGGCUACGCAAGAGAUGCUUCCUCUUCAACUAGGCAAGAAAGGGAAGAAUUAAAAUCAGAAAAACAGGACAGUGAUUCUGCAGAAACAUGUAGUUUAGACGAUCAUUCUGAGGUGCUACCCAUGCAAGCAAAUGAGGUAAAAGAGUGCUCUCUGAAAAACAGUGAAGAUGCAGCUGAACCCACAGUUGCAGUGAAUCCAAAGCAAGCUAUUGGAGGCCUAACCUCAUUGCAUACUGAGCUCAUUUCAGAAAAAGCAUUUGAAGCCCAAAUUCUUGACAAUAUUGGAGAAAAUAUUGAUGAGGUAGUGAAGUCGAAAAUCACUGAAGCAAAUGGAGAAAAGGAAGACCAGGAGAAGUGUGUCUCACCAAGUUCCAUAAACAAAUGCUUUGAUCAGAUUAAAAGCAUUGCUGACAAAAAUAAUAAAAAUGGAGAACUGGAUACUCAGACGGAAAGAGAAAAGACAACAGCAUUUCAAAUCAAUGGAAAAGACCCUGAUUUUAAAGUAUUACCGAAUGAAGAAUGUUUAAAAAGAGAAACACUUGCACAAACAGAGAGCAAUAUUGACUCUAAAGUCAAUAAUGUUAAUAAGAACAAUCCUCUAGUUAAACCUUUUUCUUCUAAUGAACCUGUAAAGCCUUUUAUGAAUGGUGAUAUUGCUGUGGAAGAUACAAAUGAGAGAAAGAAAUUGGAUGUAGAGGGUUCAGCAGAUACAGAUGGAGAUUCUAGAGAGAAUGACUUGCCUGCAGAUAAUACAUCUCAGUCUGUUCAAAGUAUUGGAAAGAAGCAGUGUUCUCCUGAAAGAGCAAGUCCCGUGGAUGACACAUCCAUCCCACCCAUCCAUUCCUGUAAUGAGAACAGUAUAUAUAGUGAAACGGAGUGCAUGGAAAUUGAAUCUCCUUGUGUUAAGAAAUCUGCCCCCUCACCUGUAAUUUCAUGUGAAGAAUCAAGCUUGAGCAAUGAUUUUGCUGAUCAGAAUGGACUACAGAUGCACAACAAACUUGAAAGCAUUAAUGGAGAGAAUGCAGUGAAAGCUGUUGUUACAGAAGUGACCACCACAUCAACUAUUUCCACAGAAUCCAAAACCAUUUAUAAAAUAUCAGAGUUGUCAGCCAUCAAGGAUGAUAAAGAAAGUGUGGUGUCAUCUACUGAAAACUGUUCCAUAUCUACUGUAACCACCACCAUGACCACUACUGUAACAAAGCUUAGCACUCCUACUUCAGAUAGCAAUCCCGACAUCAUUUCUGUAAAGGAGCAUAGUAAAACUGUGGUUACAACAACAGUGACGGAUUCCUUGACUACACCAGGGGGAACAUUGGUGACUUCUAUGACUGUCAGCAAGGAAUAUUCUACAAGAGACAAAGUGAAGCUAAUGAAAUUCUCAAGACCUAAGAAGACUCGUUCUGGAACAGCUUUGCCAUCUUACAGAAAGUUCAUUACUAAAAGCAGUAAGAAGAGCAUAUUUGUUUUGCCCAAUGAUGACCUGAAGAAGCUUGCAAGAAAAGGAGGAAUCAGAGAAGUCCCCUGCUUCAACUAUACUGCUAAGCCUGCUUUGGACAUUUGGCCAUAUCCAUCCCCAAGACCAACAUUUGGUAUCACUUGGAGAUACCGACUUCAAACUGUAAAAUCUUUGGCAGGGGUUAGCCUUAUGUUGAGGUUACUCUGGGCAUGUCUGAAGUGGGAUGACAUGGCUGCCAAACCCCCACCUGGUGGAGGAACUACACGCACAGAAACAUCAGAAACAGAAAUUACAACAACUGAAAUAAUCAAACGACGGGAUGUUGGACCAUAUGGAAUUCGAUCAGAAUAUUGUAUACGAAAAAUAAUUUGUCCUAUUGGUGUUCCAGAGGCCCCAAAAGAAACUCCUACACCUCAAAGGAAAGGUCUUCGAUCAAGUGCACUGAGGCCUAAAAGGCCAGAAACUCCAAAGCAAACAGGCCCUGUUAUAAUUGAAACCUGGGUAGCAGAAGAGGAAUUAGAACUGUGGGAAAUAAAAGCAUUUUCUGAAAGAGUGGAGAAGGAAAAGGCACAAGCAGUUGAGCAGCAGGCUAAGGUUAGUGAACAGAAGAAGGCUGAGGAAUUCAAGGCCCAAAUGGAGGCUCAACUAAAACAACAGCGAUUGGCUGCCCAGCAGAAGCGACUGGAGCAGCAGAAGCAGUUGCCUGCAGUGUGCGGUGCCACUACAGCUACGACAACUAGCAGCACUGCAACCACAGUUUCCACUCCGCAGAAGGUUGUGGUGGGCCCAUUACCACGCUCUAUGCCCACUGGAGCCAAAGUAGUCCUUGCUACCAAAGUGGGAUCUCCAGCUACAGUAACAUUCCAGCAGAACAAGAACUUCCAUCAGACUUUUGCUACCUGGGUUAAACAAGGUCAACCUUCAACAGCCACAACCACAACUGCUACAUCAGCAACAACUAUUUCCAGCAGCGGGCAGACUUUUCAGAUUGCUAGCAGCCCUGUAACUAUGGCAGGCAAAGUGAUAACAAAGCUGCCUUUACCUGCAAAUAGCAAGAUUGUUGCUGUUAAUGUGCCAGCCACUCAAGGAGGUGUCGUUCAAGUACAGCAGAAAGUGUUGGGCAUCAUUCCAUCAACCACUGGAGCAAACCAACAAACAUUUACUUCAUUCCAGCCUAGGACAGCAACUGUAACUAUUCGGCCAAAUAAUACAGGGGCAGUAUGUACAACAAGUGCUUCACAAGUAAUGCCUGGGACACCUCUGCGACCUGGGAUGACUGUCAUACGGACACCACUUCAGCAGUCAGCAUUAGGAAAGACCAUCAUUCGAACACCUGUAGUGGUUCAGCAAGGUAUUCUUCCAGCCAGCCAGCCCCAGCAAGUGGUGACCCAGAUCAUUAGAGGCCAGCCUGUUUCCACAGCAGUGUCUAGUGCUACCACAGUUUCUACAAGUCAGAAGAUACCCUCAACCCCGGGAACCUCUUCACAGCACAUGCCGCCGCAGGCCACGCCACCACACCCUCCCCGUCCUCAGCAGGGUCAGGUGAAACUUACAAUGGCGCAGCUCACGCAGCUCACACAAGGACAGGGUGGCAGUCAGGGUUUGACUGUAGUAAUUCAGGGGCAGGGUCAAACCACUGGCCAAUUGCAGCUGAUCCCACAGGGUGUCACAGUAAUCCCUGGACCAGGGCAGCAACUCAUGCAAGCAGCUAUGCCAAACGGUACAAUUCAGCGAUUUCUGUUCACCCCAUUACCAACAGCAGCUACUGCGACGAGCACCACUACUACAACAGUUUCCACCUCAACAUCAGCUGCAGGAGAACAGAAGCCACCUUCUCUAGCCCAGACACAAACACAGCCAGUGCCAGCGCUUCCACCUACAGAACCCCAGCCACUUCAGAGUCAGCUCCCAACCCAGCCACAUGGGCAGCCCCAGAGCAGCCAGCCUCAGGCUCAGACUCCAGCACAGCCGCAGCUGCAGCCGCAGCCACCACCACCACCGCCGCAGCCACCUCAGUCCCUGCUUCAGGCUGAAACCCAAGCGCCCCCUGAAUCUCAGCCUCCAGCUUCACUUCCAAGCCCCACAGUUGCUUCUGAAGCACCGCCACCCAUCACGCAGUCACCUGUCACUCCAGCCGUUGCUCAGGCUCCCGCACAGAGCCUUACGCAAGGGCCUCCUUCAGUGCUGGUCCCCAGCCAGACCCAGGCAGCUGUGCCUUCUCAGGCGCCAUCAAAAGCUCAGACUGUGCAGCCAGCUCCGUUGCAGAGCACCACCCCGCAGCCAGUUCAGGCACAGCCCCAUCCGCCAUUACACAUCCAGACGCAGCAGCCCCAGGUUCCCACAUCUGUGCAGACUUUGCCGACCGUCAGUCAAGUCACGGUGCAGUCCCCACGCCCUCCGCUCCAAAUCCAGCCUCCGCAGACUAAGGUUAUCACUGUGCCACAGCUUCAGCAGCAAGUCCAAGUGUUCUCCCAGCUUCAGUCCCACGUCGUGGCACAGAUACAGGCCCAGCAAGGGGGUCUGCCUCAGCAGAUUAAGCUUCAGCUGCCUAUUCAGAUCCAGCAAGCUGGCCCAGUGCAAACGCAUCAGAUCCAGAAUGUUGUGACUGUUCAAGCAGCCAGUGUACAAGAGCAACUGCAAAGGGUUCAGCAGCUCAGAGAGCAGCAACAGAAGAAAAAGCAGCAUAUUGAAAUUAAGCGCGAACACUCCCUUCAGGCAUCUAAUCAGAGCGACAUUAUCCAGAAACAGGUGGUAAUGAAACACAAUGCUGUGAUAGAGCACUUAAAACAGAAAAAGACACUGACUCCUGCCGAACGUGAAGAGAAUCAACGAAUGAUUGUGUGUAACCAGGUAAUGAAAUAUAUUCUUGAUAAGAUAGAUAAAGAAGAAAAACAGGCAGCUAAGAAACGAAAGCGAGAAGAGAGUGUAGAACAAAAACGUAGUAAACAGAAUGCAACCAAGCUUUCAGCUCUGCUCUUCAAACAUAAGGAACAACUUAAAGCUGAAAUACUGAAGAAAAGAGCACUUUUGGACAAAGAUCUACAGAUUGAAGUGCAGGAAGAGCUAAAGAAAGAUCUGGCUAAACUUAAGCGGGAAAAAGAAAAGGCACAAGCCGCUGCUGCUGCAGCAGCGGUGGCAGCACCACCUCCACCACCACCUCCUCCUCCACCACCACCACCACCUCCUCCUCCACCUCCUCCUCCUCCACCACCACCUCCACCACAUACUACCAGUGUCUCAUCAACAACCACAGUCACAACAUCUGUUUCAUCUCAUAAGAGAAAGCGAGAGGAAGAGAAGGAGUCCUCCUCUUCAAAAUCCAAGAAAAAGAAAAUGAUUUCUACUACCUCAAAGGAAACCAAGAAGGACACAAAGCUUUACUGCAUCUGCAAGACACCUUACGAUGAGUCUAAGUUCUAUAUUGGCUGUGAUCUUUGUACUAACUGGUAUCAUGGAGAAUGUGUUGGAAUCACAGAAAAGGAGGCUAAGAAAAUGGAUGUGUACAUCUGUAAUGAGUGUAAACGGGCACAAGAGGGCAGCAGUGAGGAAUUGUACUGUAUCUGCAGAACACCUUAUGAUGAGUCACAAUUUUACAUUGGCUGUGACCGAUGUCAGAAUUGGUAUCACGGGCGCUGCGUUGGUAUUUUGCAAAGUGAGGCAGAUCUCAUUGAUGAGUAUGUCUGUCCGCAGUGUCAGUCAACAGAAGAUGCCAUGACAGUACUCAGUCCCUUGACUGAUAAAGAUUAUGAGGGGCUGAAGAGAGUGCUGCGUUCGUUGCAGGCUCACAAAAUGGCAUGGCCAUUCCUUGAACCAGUUGAUCCCAAUGAUGCCCCAGAUUAUUAUGGUGUUAUCAAAGAACCUAUGGACCUUUCCACCAUGGAAGAAAGAAUACUGAAACGUUACUACAAAAAGGUGACCGAAUUUGUGGCCGACAUGACCAAAAUAUUUGAUAACUGUCGUUACUACAAUCCAAGUGACUCUCCUUUUUAUCAGUGUGCAGAGGUUCUUGAGUCAUUCUUUGUACAGAAACUAAAAGGGUUCAAAGCAAGCAGAUUGUGAUAACUUUAGUCUGACCUUUCUAACUGGAAUCAGAACUGGAUGUUUUGCUUAUUCUUUCAUUGCACCAUGUCAUUAACUAUCUCUUUUUAAAUCCAUACUUGCUGUUUUUACUUUUAAACUUUGCUUUAAUGUGGAAACAGUCAUUUGCUGUCAUCCAUGUUGGAAAAUACAAUGAUCCAUUCUUUGACUAUUGUACUGGACAACAUUCAAUAUCAGUGAUAGAAGUGAUGUAAUUCCAGUUACUUCCUUUAAUAAAAAAAAAUCCAAAGGAGAAUUUGAUGAGUUCUAAGAAGAAUGUGGUAUUUCUGAUUUACAUUUUACCAAUAAAUGUACUUUGAUCCAACCACCUUCCCAAGCAAUGUAAAAUGGGUACAUAUUAUUGAUAUGUGCCUCCGUCAAGUAUUAUGUGACACAUCUAGAUGUUUGGGCAUUCCAAAUGAACGUCAUGUUUAUACAGACCUGAAGCUAUCUGUGUAGCGAAAGGCAAAGAUGUUUUCUGUAUAUCAUGUGUGUCUUGCAAAGCAGAACCAGAGCAGGAGCAUGGCUGCAUUCGCUUGGCACCCGCCUAAAGCAGCUGGGAUCUCUUUCAUGAAGGGUGCUUAAUUGUUCCCUUUUUCUGCAUUCUGCAGGUCUCAUAACAACAAACUGCAGUCUACAGCUUCUUAAGUUCCACGUGUUACCCUAACACAAACAGCAAGAGAUCUGGUUGUCUGACAUUUUUUAAUUGAGAAGCCAGAGGUUUUUAGUCAGGGUGUCCUGGCAAGUCUUGAUGUAAACUGCGUUUUUAUCAGUCGCAUCAGAUUAUAUUCUUGGCUAAUUUUGUCCAAAGGACAAAAGAAUAAAAAUCAGCAGCAUCGUUUUCUUGUCAAGAUCAAAUUGUGCUAUUGUGGCAGAAACAGGAAAAUGUUUUGUUGAAGGACAAGAGAGAAAACAAGAUACAGUAAAAUGGGGUCAACUUCAAACUCCAUGGAAAUGCCACAUCUGUUCUUCAGUGAAGAAGCUGGUUUAAAGUCCACACAGAGAACUUUGGACUGUAUUUAUUUAUUGUUGCAAAAGGACGCUUUUUUAUUGCUGCCCUCAUUUGUCAGCUAAUUAUUUUUUUCUUAUAAACCCCAGCCCUGGUUAUAUGUAACCCAUUCUGUAUCUUACCAUGAUUCCUGUAGGUAAAAGUACAAGAUGACCUCUAGAUGUCUUUUCUUUCUAUGAAAGGAGCUGCUAUGUACACAUGUGCACAAACAAACUGGGAAUCAACUAUGAGUUUAUUGUUCAUGGUAGAUGAAAACAAUUAAGCUUGCAGAAAAGUUCGGCAAAAUGGUCAUGGACUACAGACUCUGUUGCCUUGAAUAUCACAGUACAAUGUCAUUUGCUCUGCACCGGACUGAUAUGAGUAAAAUCUAUUUGAAGGUAUCUUGUUUGUAAACAUUUGUCAGAUUCUAAUUUUUUUCUUUUUGUAUUAAAAAUUCAAAAUAUGGAUGUAUAUGAAACAAAAUAAAUGGAGGUCGUUGUUCUCUCCACAGAA